GUUCAAUCUUUCAAAUUCCAGGAUCUGAUCUCUCUGUUCUCUUCUUGAAGUUUCAACGAGAUAUCUACGCUUGUUCUAAGUUUCCAAGUGCUAGAGAAAGAUGCCUGAGCUUUUUGCAUUUAUGGGGGGUAACAUGCGAUCUGGAAGUGAGAAUGUGCUUAGUGCUGUCGUUCCCUUGUUGAAACUUCUCUCGCUUGCAGUCAUAGGCCUAGUUCUUGCCCACCCAAAGAUCCAAAUCGUUCCCAAAGCGACCUUCAAGCUCCUCAGCAAACUUGUCUUCGCCCUCUUUCUGCCGUGCCUGAUUUUCACCCAUCUCGGUAAAUCUAUAACCCUCCAUAACGUCUUACUUUGGUGGUUUGUUCCUGUAAACGUGCUGCUUAGUACAGUCAUAGGCUGCAUUUUGGGGUACUUGGUCGCACUUGUGUGCCGCCCACCACCUGAAUUCUUCAGAUUCACGAUCAUGAUGACUGGAUUUGGCAACACUGGAAACCUUCCUAUUGCCAUUGUGGGGUCCGUUUGCCAUAGCCCAGAUAACCCAUUUGGACCCACUUGCCAUCGUGAUGGUGUCACCUAUGUCUCCUUCGCCCAAUGGGUUGCUGUGAUUCUUGUUUAUACAUUAGUUUACCACAUGAUGGAGCCUCCAUUGGAGUACUAUGAGAUCAUCUCGGAGGGUAUUGAGAUUGAGGAAGUUCCGAUCAAUAACAUCAGCAGGCCUCUCCUUGUUGAAGCUGAAUGGCCUGGGAUGGAGGAUCAAGAAACAGAACAUUCAAAGACACCCUUUAUUGCCAGGGUCUUUAGAAGCAUUUCAGGUGCUUCACAGACCAAUUUCCCUGACCUUGAUCUAACGGCAGAGGGAGGGAGCAGCAGUCCGAAAUCGAUCAGGUGUUUGGCGGAGCCGAGGGUGGUCCGAAGGAUGAGAAUUGUUGCCGAAAAGACUCCAGUACGUCACGUUCUUCAGCCACCUACAAUCGCUUCUUUGUUAGCUAUCAUCAUUGGGAUGGUUCCCCAGUUGAAGGACUUUUUCUUUAGUGUAGAUGCUCCACUUUCGUUCUUCACAGAUAGUUUGGAUAUUUUGGCGGGUGCGAUGGUUCCAUCAGUCAUGCUUAUUCUCGGAGGAAUGCUUUUGGAGGGGCCGAACGAUUCAGGUCUUGGGAUUCGAACUACUGUUGGGAUUAUGGUGGUGAGGCUUCUGGUGCUUCCACUGGUGGGGAUUGGAGUGGUUGCAUUGGCAGACAAAUUGAACUUUUUGGUCCAUGGCGAUCAGAUGUACCGAUUUGUCCUUCUAUUGCAGUACACGACACCAAGCGCCAUUUUGCUGGGGGCGAUUGCUAGUUUGAGGGGCUAUGCUGUUAGAGAAGCAUCAGCGCUCCUGUUCUGGCAACAUAUCUUUGCAGUGUUCUCACUCUCGUUGUAUCUUGUGAUCUAUUUCAAAUUGCUUUCAUAUAUUUGAGGUUUUAUUUCUAACUUGGGCGACCCAUAGUAUGAAGAUCAACCAUUCUAUCAAGAAGGGUACUGUAACAGUACAAGUAGUGUCUCACUUUGCAGUUUCCCAGUUUCCAAUGCUUGAAAGAAGCCACAUAGGGAAGUUUUUUAUAGACAUAAACUCAAAACCUUUCAGCUUUUUUUGGCCAUGGGACCCUUUUGAGCCGGAACGGAUCGUUGCAAAAUGGGUCAUUGGAGGUUUGUAACCUGAGACUUGGCUCAUGUUCAAAUUGUUUAUUGUUUGUGAAUCGAGCUGACUCGGUUAGUCUUCGUGCCUCCCUUUUUCUUUUCUUCAAGCAGAAUAUUUGCCGGGUCUGUUGUGUCUUUCUCCAAUUGAUUUGUGACAAGUCCAUUUCUCUAUUUCUAUUGUUUUAAGGGGUGUUUGUGAAUGUGGAAAUCCAGGUUUCUGUUGAAAACCCUUUCCCAUCAUUUGAAUAAAAAAGAAAAAGGAGAAACCCAACGUUGGAAACUGAA